AUAUUUUAUGACUGGGUGUAAAUGUACCCAAUGCCGAAUCGCUAGCGUCUUAACGCACAUUCUAAAAUAAUGAUGUCACUCAUAAAUGAUUCAUCAUUUAAUACAUCAGUGAGACAUCAUACGAGAUGGACCUGUUUACUUGAUUCCCUACAUCGAACCUUAUAACAGAUUGGGUACUGCCGCUGAUAGAAAGCAGAUUGUGUAUUAAACACUAGAAAACGACGGCAUAUCUUAUGGCGCCUUCUGAUGUUAAAUAUCAAGAGAUAUUAGAGAAACUGAUUCUGUAGGCCUUUGUGGUAUAGUGUAAUAUAUAAUAGUAUCUACGAUGUCAUAUCAUACAGUGAUGUGAAGUUGGGAGCCGCCGAUCGCGGUGCUUCGCGAUAGUAUUACUAUAAUAGGAAUAAUAAAAAGUAAUUUUGUUGAAUGUGUCGUAGAUGUUUAUCGUUGUGUACUGCUCGCGGCACAGUUAUAUAUUUUUGCACCGGUCACCGGACCUUCAUAACUCUCAAUCUUAAUAAAUAAAUGUUGAACAAUUGAGUGAUUGAUUUUAUUUAUCAUACAAGAUAGUACGACGAGAUAAGCCAACAUUUAGGUGAUUAAAUUGACAUCGUGUUUUAUUUGUUUUUAUUACCAUGUAUUCAAUUGUUUCGAGUAGUUAAUUGUGUCAUGUGAAAAGUGACGCGCUCCGGGGGAAGGAAUGCGGGGCAAAGCACUGAUAAUUUGCGAUUAAUGAUAAGAUACGAGAUGUGAACACUGAACAGUCAUGAGUCACACCUACCACUGCGGACACCGUCCGUCCAGACGAUGGCGUGCUGUGCCAAUCUCGCGCCUGCGUUGCUGCUGCACGUCAAUUUGUUACUGAUGGUGCUGGUUGGCGGAGUUUUGCUGACGGGGCUGCGUGCAUGCUGGGAUCCUACACUUUAUGUGCCAGCACGCGAACUUUUUCCGCUCGAGUUUCGUGUUACCGCCGUGCUGCUGCCUACGCUGGCCAUUGUGACGCUGAUCGCCGGUCACGCUGCACUUCUUGCACUACAAUCUCAUCGCCGCUCUCUGCGUCGCGUGCUUCUUUAUAUGUACGCUGGAAUCCUCGUGGCAUGCAGUAUCGCACAAACAGCUUGUGGAGGCUGGGUAUGGGCACGCACCACCGAGUGGACGCAGGGUGAGCAAGCGCGGGAGGUCCGACGCGCGGCGGCAUUAGGUGAACACUUACAACCAUUAUUGGAAGAGUUAGCACAAUGGCCAUCACUACCCCAGAUCGCGCGUGUGGCCGCACUGAUGCGCGAAGCACGCGAUGAUCUGCCGCGUCAGCUUCGAGCGCUGAGCGCUGCUGCCGUAAUGCUAUUGACGUUGCAAUUGCUAGCAGCACUGUUAGCGCUGAUCUCAGCUAUUGGCCCACCACGCCGCGCUCCUUCAAUACUCACACUCUCCACACCACUCAGCAGUCGCAAAGGAAAGUCUCGAGCGGUGUACCGUGGCGGGAGACUGUGGCUGCUGCAUGAUGACCGCAACGAGGACGCGCCACUUGCUUGCACCUGAGACCCCUUCCUCCAGCCACACUUGACUGCCAUUUGCACGAGGACAUUCACUCCUUAGACAUGAAUAUUCGUGUAAUAAAACUGCUGUGUUCAAGUAUAAAGUGAUAAAAGAUGAAGUAAUUUUAAGUUAUACUAGUAACAGUUAAGCUGUAAUUUUAUGAUUGUCAAAAAUUAAAAUCAAUAAACGGUAUAAAAAUAUUUAUUUAUUGAGUUAAAGUAUUUUAAUAGCUCGAAGACAUAUGACGCUACUUAUUGUCUAGUAUGAACCAGUUUUCUUAUAAUGCAUAAUUUGUUAAAGUCGUCGGGCCAAUUUGUGCAGUCAUGCUGCUGUUGGC